GUCUACGUUGACAGCAUCAUCAUUGCACAGCAUGAACGCUGUCAGCUCCGUGUUAGCCGACAUACGUGUACUUUUCACACUGUUAUAACUGUCAAGACACACAAGGUGGUACUUGGAAUACAAAAGUGUGAGAACCACUGGGCUAACUGAUUGACUGCUGCGGUGUUUUGCUUCCAGACAUCCACCAUGGCUUCUCGAGCAGGUCCGAGAGCAGCAGGCACAGACGGCAGUGACUUCCAGCACCGGGAAAGGGUUGCUUCACACUACCAGAUGAGCGUCGCUUUGAAGUCAGAAGUCCGCAAACUCAACAUUGUCCAUAUCGUGAUCUGGGUCCUGAUGGCAGCUCAGGUAACUGUGAGCCAGCUGAGCCUCGUCUCCCACAAGGUGGUGGCCUCACCCUACCAGUGGGAGUAUCCCUACCUCUUGAGCAUAAUCCCCACAAUCUUCAGCUUCUCAGCACUGCCUCGCAACAACAUCAGCUACUUGGUGAUUUCCAUGAUCAGUGCCGGCCUCUUCUGCGUGGCGCCACUGCUCUACGGUGGCAUGGAGAUGUUCCCCGUGGCACAGCAGCUUUACCGCCACGGCAAAGCGUACCGCUUCAUCUUCGGCUUCUCGGCCGUGUCCGUCAUGUACUUUGUGAUCGUCAUCGCCGUGCAGGUGCACGGCUGGCAAAUCUACUAUAGCAAGAAGCUGCUGGACCAGUGGUUCACCAGCACACAGGAUAAAAAGAAGAAAUGAGCACUGAGGUCUUUCUGUGAGCGUGCAGAGAAAACCUCCGUGAACUGGUGGUUUGAGCCACUAAGACUAAGAGAAGAGACUCUUCCCUUUUCAGCAUCUUCUAUAUUUCUAUUUGUCAAUUAUGUUGACUGGAAAUGAAUUUUUUGACAGUUUGUGUGCUGCCUUAGAUUAAAAGGAGAGAAUCUCCAAAAUAC